AUUUGGCGCCGGUUUGUCUUCCUCAGCACGUGCGAAAACAAGUUGCGUGAAGUAUGUGGGAUAAGGUCUCGUAUCUUGGCCUUUGGACUUGCUCUUCUGCGUUUAGUUCACAAUGGCUGGAAGCACCACGGUCUGUUGACUGCGCUUGCGGAGUGCAGAGGUUGUCCAAACGCAUCUGGUUCUCCUCGGGCUGUAAUUGCUCAUGUUUAUGGCGUGGCCGGGGAUAUCGGGUCUCUUCUUGCUUAACCUCACAGACAACGAGCAUGGGAACUCAGCAAUCUCGUGUGGCAGAAAGACUUGUUGAAGACCUAUUGAAAGCCUGUUAAAGGCCUGUUAAAGAUCUGCUGAGGUCUUAAACGGAAUGGAUUGCAAGAAGACAGACAAUAAGAUCUACAGAGACAGGGCCCUCUAACCGAAACAUGCUGCGCUCCGCAUUUCGUCAUCAUCAACGACCUUUGCCGCCUAGAG